AACGAAUCAAGUGCAGCGAAGAGCUGCAUCUGCGCACUUGUAUUGCAGCUAGAAUCUAAAACUUGUGGCCUCCUUGCGUUUCCAACCUACAGCGUCAUGCGUGCAAUGGCUGAUGCUGUGAGACGCAGUAGCCAGGGGCGCUCCAAUCGAGAUGCUGGUCCUCCGGAUGCGUCUCGCCGUGGUGGUAGCUCCAGUGCUUCGGCAACUCCAUCAGAGGCACAGCGAAGAAACCUUGCUGGCGCACGCUCGGCACCAGCUCUAGCGGCAGCCGUGAAAGCUGAGCCAAAACCCAAAUCAAAAGCAAAAGUCACAGAGAAGGCAAAGGCGAGGCCUCCAUCAUUUGAUGAGGAACUGCUUCCAAUUCCACACGGUUUGCUGUGCGUGAUUUGUCGAGAGAUCUUCAAGGAGCCGGUCUUUACCAAUGACGGACACACCUACUGUCGCAGCUGCAUUCAAGAAUGGUUCAAGGCUCAUGACGCAAGGAUCGCAGAUUUCUACAAAGAUCCUGCAAACAUUGCUCCUUACAGCAGGAAGGUGCCACCGAACCUCCUGGCACCUAUGACCCAGCUUCCAUUGCACAACAGAAACUUGCAGCCCAACAUUGCACUGAAGCAGGCUGUGGAAGCUUUCUGCGAAACGCGACCUGGCGACGAGCGGAGGGAGCGAGAGCGUCAGAAGCUUCAGAAAGCAGUGCAGGAGGCUCAGGCAACCGAGGGUGCGUUGAAGUCGACCUACACCAAGGAGGUCCGCGUAUUGCAAGGACAAGUGCAGAAUCUCGAGGAGGAGCUCGGACAGGUCAAGAAUGACUUGGAGGCUGCCAAGGAGGAAACACAUAAGCUGAACCAAAUGACAGCAGCAAAAGAGGGUUUCCACAAUCCCUUCCUCGAGUUGGAGCUCGAAGAGCUGGAUCGAGAACUUCCUGUCUAUAGUGCAGAGGAGUUGGGACUCAUGAACUUGCCCUAUGCCACUGAGCAGCCUUGCUUUGAGCGGCCACGCUUUGGUCGGCCACGCUCGCAGUCGAUGUAGAGGGGUGCAGUGGAGGUGAAACAACGGUGAACCAGGCAGGUGGAAAGAGCAUACUCAGCAGAUGCUCAGCAGUGGUUGGAGAGCCUUUUUCAUAUCAGCGCAUUCAGAACCCAGGGAAGGUCCAGAUGGUCUAGAAAGGCUUUGGAGAGGC